AUGGUGUCCGUAAAGUUGUUUUUGACAGCAUCAAUUUUUAUCAUCUCUUUGCUAUCCGCAAAUACACAAAUGUUGGAUUAUAUUUAUCCUGGAUUCAUGACCAUGUACUACAGUCAGGUACCUACAAAGGAGGGCUAUCGUUCCAAACAGGAGGAGCCGAAUGGCAGUACACGCGAGGAGAUUGGCGUUAUUAUGAAUCCCGGUACGGCGAAUGAGGAAUUGGUGAUAAUGGGCAUGUACACGGCCUAUGACGAGAAGAGCGAUACUGAGACUAUGACGAUAUAUACAGCCGAUAAAAAUGGCUAUAAAUCGCGUUAUAAGGUGAUGAAGUGUCGCAAUACUGACCCUAUGACGAAGAAGUGUGGAUUGAGUGCCAAGGUUUUAAAGUCAUUGGCCAAAGGCAGUAAAUAG